AUGCAUGCGUGGAGUGGCCACUGCUGCCCACCUCCACUCGGCCGGGCCACUGGUAUAGUAUAUAUACGCCCCUCCGCUAUCCCUCUCUCUUGUGCACAACUCUUAAGGUUAAACACAGGAGCUAUGGGGGAUCCCAUAACCUACAAAGACCGAAAGACGGAUUUGACUGCAGUACCUCGUGGGGAAGUAACACCUUCAGAGCCAUGUCAAGAGGAUGAAGCACAAGAGAAUCGGCGUAAGAAUAUCGAAGAUUAUGUCAAACAGCUGAGCCCAAAACUUCUGGAUGAUUUCAAAAGAACAUUCCCGCAGAAACGUCUCGAUGAUUUUGAAAAAACAUGCCUGCAGCGUAACAAUUCAAGUGAUCCAAUUUGCUUGGAAGAAUGUAAAAUCACAUUGGUCGCUACCCUUGUUCUGAAGGGCGUUCCCCAGCAUGUGAAAGAACAAUAUGAGUUGAGGCUUACGUCAGGAGAAGUGCGUAUCAUCAAGAAGCUGGAAAAUGUACCCCUCACUCACCUAUCCGGGGAUCAGAGCAUGACCGAGGACCGUACUCAUACUUCACCGGAAACAUCAGUCCAUACCGCAAAUAAUACAAAGGAAGCGACACCAUCUUCCCACACGAGGGACUCACCAACGGUUUCCCCGACUGCUGUCAGCACCACGGUCGGCCUGUCUCAUCUCUCGUUGUCAUAG